AUGAAGCUCUCCACCAUGACCAUGCUCUCCGCGGCGCUGGCCGCCUACGCCGCCCCAACCAUGCGUGCUGAGCAUGCAGAUUCCUAUCAAGCGGGGGUUGAAGCCCGUUACCCGCAGAACCGACCUGCUCCUCCUCCCCAUGACGAUGCCCGGCCUGGUGCCGUUUCCACCACUGCACGCGACCCCACUCUCCUCACUCGACGUGGUAACUCCCAAGCCAUCCCCCAGAACCAGCCUUCGGCUGCCGAAAACGUGCAGCAGACGACUCCGGGCGGCCAGGCGCCGCCUGCGGAUAAAAAGAAAGCAGCCAGUGCAGGUGGCGCUUCCAGUGGCAGUAGCCAGCAACAGCCUAGCGACAGCAGCCCGUCGACGAGCCAGAAACCUGCUGGCGCCAGCAAGCAGCAGCCAGCCCCGGCUCCCAAUACUGGCAACCAAGCACCUCCAGCGACUGGCAGCUCCAACCAAGCACCUCCAGCGGCUGGCAGCUCCAACCAACCUAGCAACGCGCAGCCAGCCUCCAGCACCGGAAGGCAGGCCGCUGCUCCCGCAGGGGCAAAACAACAGCUCUGCGACAAUGCCCAGCCGGCGAGCAGUACUGGGAGCCAGCUAGCGCCUGCUGGUGGGAACAAGCAGCAGCCGAGCAGUUGUCAGCCAGCUGUUGCGCUUAGAGGCCAGACUACUCCUGCCGGCGGGGAGACCCAACCUCCCGCUUCCAACGGCGCCACAUUACCGGCGUCCGGAAGCAACUCCAAGAACCCCGGUGCUGCGCCGCCUGCUGCGGCUGGGACAGCAAAACCCCUUGCUGCUCCCUCUGGUAACGGAGGAGCUGCUGGUGGUCAUGCUACAACUGGAAAGCAAGCACCCGCAAUAGCAGCUAGUGGGAAAGCUGCCCCGGCUGCUAGGCCCGGUUCACCUGCUGCCGCCCCUGCUGGUGGUAAAGCUUCUGCUCCUGCUCCCCCUGCUACCCAGGCUGCUGGUAAGGCUGUUCCGGCUGCUAGACCCGGUGCGCCUGCUUCUGCUCCCGAUGGUGGUGCGCCUGCUUCUGCUCCCGAUGGUGGUGCGCCUGCUUCUGCUCCCGAUGGUGGCAAGGCUGCUCCGGCUGCUGCAGCUGGGGGCAGGGAUUCCGCGCCAAAUCAAGCCCCUACCGCAGCGGCUCCAGGCAAAGCUCCUGCUCCCGCGGGAAACCAGGCACCUGGUAAGGCUCCGGCUCCUGCAGGGAACCAAGGACCUGCUGCUGCGGCGGGCGGAAAGGCUUCAACUCCGGCACCAAAGCAGGCUCCAGCGGCUCAGGCUCCAGCGACCCAGGCUGGCGCCAAACCCGCCACGGGAAACCAGGGCCCUGCUGCCUCAUCUGGUGGAAAGGCUUCGGCUCCCGCACCCAAACAGGCUCCUGCCCCAGCAUCUGGCAGCAAGGCUGCGCCUCUUGCCAGCGGCGGUGGUUCGAGUGGUGCCGGCGCCCCGAAGUCCCCGAAAUCGGCUCGCUCUGAUUAG